UAAUUAUAUAUAUAUGGUAUUUAAAAUCCAACCAACAGAUUCUUAAAUUUGAUUCUUUCAUACUAAAUACUAAAUAUACGCAUUUAGGGAUGUUGGUGAACAAUAAAUAUUUACCAGAAGUACAGUUCAUGGGAUAAUAUAUAUAUUUGAUCAUCUUCAAUUUAUUCCAUCAUACAUUCAAUUUUUCAAAUAUUCCUAAAAAAGAAAAGAAAUGAAGAAAUAAAUGGAAAUAAAUAGGUAUUUGGAGUAACUGGAAAGUAAGAAAAGAAAGAAAGAAGGCAGCUUGCAGUGAAGGAAAAAAGUAGCGGCGUUACUGAAAAGCGAAUAUAACAAACCAAACAUUCAUUACUCAUUUUCAUUUCAUGUUCUUUCUUUUCAGCUUCUCGCAUUUAUUGCCUGGCAAAAAUCAAUUGAAGAACUGAAUUUUUUUUUAUUUUUUUUUUGUUUUGAUUUUUCAAUUUUUUUUCUCGUUCGCUUUUGCUGCUGUGCUGGUGGUGGCGGUGUUGCUUCCUUGCUACACAUCUCUCUCUCUCUACAAUUCACCUCUCACGUGAACUGUAAUUGCACCGUUUUUCGUCAUUACUUUUCUUCUCGAUUUUGUUUUUUGCUUUUUUUUUUUAAUUUUUUUUGGGGGCAGUUUAUUUCGGACAUGUUUAAAAAUUAUACAAGCCCCUGCAGAUCUACUCAACUUUGGGGGUCAUAAUUUGGGGGGAUUUUUAGGGUUUUUUUGCUGUUAAACUAGUGAGUUUUGAAGUGGUUAACUCUGGAAUGGCGAUUCCGUACGCGUAAUUGAGAUUGUUUUUACUCUUUGGAGCUGAUGAAAUUUAGUCCAGAAUUGAAGAAUUUGAUAUGUUUUUGGGGUUUGGUUUUGGCAUUUUGAAAAGGAAGUGAGGGUUUGGAUUGGGGUUAAUCUGGAAAGGAUUUCUGUAAUUCUGCAUUUACAUUUUGUCAUGGCAUAUGAGUGCAAAUGCAUGAACAGAUAAAACAAUUUUCGUUGCCUUGAAUGGAAAUGUGAAGAGAAAGAGGGUUGUUCUAGGGUUACUGUUCAUGAUUUUCGGUUUCAAAUUUGGACUUCUGAAGGGAUUAGAAUGAGAAGUUAUUUGGUGAGCUCAGUUAGGGUUUGAAAAAAAAAAUGCACGAAUCGCCUACGAUGAGAAUUUCGCCUCGGAGGGAGAUGAGGCCGGAGAAACACAAGAGAGGGCGUAGUCUCGAGAGUGGGAUUCUCCACCGAAAGAAGGAAGACGAUCUUGCUCUGUUCAAUGAGGUGCAGAACAAAGAACAAGACAAUUUCCUUCUUCAGUCGAACGACAACUUUGAUGACAUAUUCUCGAUAAAAUCAAGAUUCUUCUCAGAUUAUAAGCUUGGAAUCUCCGUUCGUGCUCAAGGAGAAAGUAGCGACCUGCUCAAUGGUGAUGGAGAUAAAAACGACUAUGACUGGUUGAUAACUCCUCCAGAAACUCCUCUUUUUCGUUCUCUUGAUGACGAGACACGAGAAGUCAAUGUUGAACCUAGGGGCAGGCCCAGAAGUCAACCUGUUCCAAACUCACAGUCACCCACGAUGGAGAACGGUUACAGAAGCGGUAGAAGGAGUGCAAGUCCUAAAUGCCUUAGUCCAUCUCCACGGUCAGGCAGUAGUACAUUGCAAUCAAGAAGUAGGCCAUUUUCCACCAAUCAUUCAAGUCCACCUCAUACUCUAUCCAAUCCUUCUCCAUCGAGGAGGCAAUCACCGCCUGCUCUAAGGUCUAAUUCACCAACUCCUAGGAGGAUGAGUGGGUCCCCCGUCAAGACAAGUCGGGGGAACUCUGCUUCACCGAAAACGAGAGCAUGGGAAUCUAGCAUUGCUGAAUUUUCUUCAGAGGCACCGCCUAAUCUUCGUACCUCACUGAAUAAUAGACCAGCAUCCAGAAAUGGCCGACAGUCAAUGUCUCCUACUGCUUCUAGAAGCGUCCGUUCAUUGAGUGGUCAUGAGCGGGACCCGUUUAGUUUCAACGGGAAAAGUUCAUUUGCAUCAUGCGGUGAUGAUGAUGUCAGCAGCUCGGACCGUUCAGCUCCAAGAAGCAUCGGUGCUUAUCCCAGCUACACAAACACUGCCAUGAGUUUUUCUAAGAAACCGGCAAAAAGUUUGUCAAGUUCUGCUCCUAAAAGAUCCCUCGAUUUGGUGCGACAAAUGGAUCGCAAAGGUCCCCCGCAGAAUAUGUUUAGGCCUCUGCUGUCAAGUGUCCCCAGUUCAACGUUCUAUGCAGGAAAAGCGAGUGGAAACCAUCAGUCUCGUACAUCCAUGAAUUCUUCAAUCACAACAAGCAGUAACGCUAGUUCUGAUCAAGCAACAGGUGGAGCCCACGGUACUGAAGAAAGUGAGCAGAACCGGGAGGACAUGACAAGUGACUGCGUGAAGGGACUUUAUCCAGAUGUAGAUGAUGAAGUAUUUGACAUGGAGCUGGCUGAUGCUCUGGUUGGAGAUGUCGAGAACAGAAUCGUGGAGGACUCGCUUAGUGAUGGGCAUGGUGAAAUCGAUGGCGUAUACGCUGAUGGCGCACCGGAUAUGGCAAUAUGCUCUGAAUGUGGUCUCGUGUUUCAUUCACCAGAGGUAUUAAUGGAAGGGUAUCUACAACUUUGCCUGGAAUGCAAAGGUUUGGAGGUAAAUUCAAUUAUAACCAGUCCACUGAAAAUCGAAAUGGUUGGUGAGAAGAAUACACAGGACUUCGUUCAGAGUCCAGAACAUGGAUCACUACAAGCUACUACUUCUGCUGAUGAAGCAGGAGUGGAUCGUCUCGACAACUUGGCCAGUUUGAGUCAACAUGCACAUGGUGACUCAGGCCAUAACCUUACAGAUAUGCCGAUUGAGGAAAGGGCUUUUUCCACUCAGCAAGUCGUAAAGCCACUUACGAAUGGUGAUUCAGAAUGUGCUGGUAUAUCCUUGCUGCUGACGAGAUCAAACAGUGUGAAAGGGCGUACUGUUCAAAGCAGGAGUUUUACGGCAAGUAACACCAGUUAUGAUGAUUUCUCCUAUGUGAGGGGCAGUGUGAAUAGCAUGAGAAGCUCAAUCGACCAUAGCAGUACAUCUUUAUCAUCUUCAGUUGAUCUGGGGUAUUCUAGGCAAAAGGAAAUCCAGAUUCAUCGGCAAUCAAGUGGCCAUAAAUCGGAUUUAGAAAAUUAUAGAUAUGAAAUGCCCGCAAAGCACAAACGCUCCGUCUCUUCAAUGUCUGAUGCUUCAGCUCGUACGUUGCAGGUCCCAGUUAUAACACAUGGAGAUAGUUUUCAGGUAAUUACGGCCAACGUGGAUAAGGAAUUUGGGGAGGAAAUAAGUCUCGAUCCGCGAGAACAAUCGCUGGCUUCUGAAUGUACAGAAGCAGAGAGUUCAAGCACAUCAACUGCCUCGGAACUAUCAGGCCCGUUGAUGAAUGUCUGUACAGAAGAUAAUUCAGUGCUGUCAGAUUUGAUGCCUCAAGAUCCAGCAUCAGAUCAUAUUCAAGCCGAAGAAGAUGCAAUACCAAGUUCAUGUGUUGACACGGUGGAAAUUGCGGAAGUUCCUAAGACGAGCUCUCUCGGUGCAAUAUCUGAAAUAGAAACUGAGAAUGCUGGUGUUGUAUCUGCUAAUUUCCAUUCCGAUGAAUUAGAGCACAAUGAGGCUAAAACAGGAACUCGCGAAGAAUUUGGCACAUCACAUCUUGCUCAUGGUGUUAUUGAAGAAUCGAGGGUUCUGAUAGAAGACACUGGUGAAACAAAGCCAAGAAGUCUGACCCUCGAAGAAGCGACCGAUGCAAUUCUGUUCUGCAACUCCAUAGUCCACAAUCUAGCAUAUGAAGCUGCAAAUAUUGCAAUACAUAAUGAAAUCUUGCCAAUUGAAGUUCUUCGACCAAUUGUAAAACCUGUGGGCAAAUCCGAUUCGGAGAAAAGAGAUAAUACACGCUCAAGGACCGUACGAAAACGUAAUUCCAAGUCCCAGAAAGCUCCUACAGAAAACAGGGUACAGAUGGAUACAAAACAUCCUUGUAAUAAUGGUGAAACUGAUGAGAAUUCUAAUCCAGGUAUUGUUAGAGAUCCUAAUAACGCGGAUAGCUUGAUUCCUCCGAAGCUGGAGUCCAAGUGUAAUUGCAUAAUCAUGUAGAAACUGUGGCCGCUUCGUAUUAUUACAGAAGAGGGUGGUCUGUGUGUUUUUGUGUGUGUGUGUGUGUGUGUUUUUUUUUUUUUUUAACUUGGUUGCUGUUUUGGAAAGUGGCAAUAGACAAUCCUUUGUUGUAAAGUUCUAAUUUUGAUUAGGUUGAUAAUUAUGGAAGGCAAUUUGGUAGUCUUUUGUUUUUGUGUCCAUUUCUUGAUGAUGAAAGAGCAGUUGAUGUAUUCUUACAAGAAAGUGUAUUAUUCAAGAGUAAGAUUUUUUUGACCUUUGUAAUUACUUGUACAUUUGUUGUUGAGAUUGAGAUGCUUUUUUUUCUUA